CACUCAGCCGAGUCAGCAGCAUGGCAGGCCAUUGAGUCACUCUCGCGCCAAUCGAAUCGCGUGAUUGACGAGGCCUACGGUCUGGUGAAUCGAGCCUUCUUGAAACUGCGCAUCGCCGAGCAGACGUGCUUCGCGGACCCGGAGGAGUUGGCGCGCAAGAUCGGCCGAAUUCAGUCUGCUCUGAAGGCCAAAUCACCGCUGUUUUCGGCCUACGAGGAAUUGGUGCUAACGGUGAAACUCCCCACACCACAUGCCCACCUACAGUGCAUCAUCGUGGACGCCCUGAGGGCCUACUUUGAGAACUACACAAACUGGCACGCGAUCAACUCACGUCUGGACCUCGUGCUGAUGCGGCACAAGGCCUUCCUCGACAGCAAGGUCUGGGCUGCGGUGUACUCGCGUGGCUUCAUCAACUGGCUGCGCCUGCGUGCCCGCUGCUCCACCGGCGCGCCACCAGAGGCGGUCGCCACUGAGCCCUCCGCCACACCCCCCGUCUCCCCGUUGUUCGCCUCGAUCAGCGUCAGGAUGCACGGCCGCACUCUCGUCAAGUUCAUGCUUACCCAGUGCGAGCAGAAGCUAGAGCAGUGCGGCGACAAGGAGAACCUCCGUCCGCGUGGUGAUGGCGGCGAGACGACGCAUUCGACCGUCUGGGCCGACAAACACCUCCCUGAUGCGGAUCUGGUGAACCUCUGGCUGGCCACCCGGCUCCUCCUGAACGGCACCUUCAUUGUGUCGGAGCUGUACACCCUCUUAGGCACGGUGAAGGAAGCCCGCGUUUACCAGCUCGAGCUGCUUCGGAUUGCCCAGCGCUUCCACAUCCCCUCGUGUGCGCAGGCGGCAAUUUGCAUGAUGGCCUACACCGACCUCCACUGUCAGCGCAAAUGGGCGUUCGAUCUACGCCUCACCCAGCUCAACCACAUCCUUCACUCGAAGGUUCCACUGCAGGAGAUCAUCAGGUACCGUGACAAGGCCCACAGCGACAACAAGGCCUCGCUGGAGACCGCUGAAGAGUCUGAAUUCAUCAAAGAGCAAAAACCUCGCGGUAGACGCCACCUCGGUGACGAAGAUGCUGAUGGCGAUGAGGAGGAUGACGGCAACUACAGCGGAAUGGCGACAAACCCAGUGGUCAGCGCCGCGGCCGGUGGUGUGGCCGGGCUGUUCCCCACGUCUCCAGUGAAGACCAACGUCACAAUGACCUCCCACAAUGGCUUUCCUUCCAUAGAGGCGAUGGUGAGUGUUAUUUCAGGCAGGGGAAACAACGCCAUCAAUGCACAAGAGGGCUUCUUCACACCGAACUCUUGCGCCCACCGAAUCCUCAACGGGUGUUUGUGGGCCUGGCUUGUGGAGAUGGCAGACCUCGUGAGGACUAAGGUGAUGGGUCAGGACCACUACCUGUCCGCCCUCGUUCCACCCUCCCCCGCCGAUCAGGUAAAACCGUGCUCUUGUCUUGUCUUGUCAGCACCGGACUCGCCGGAGAACCUGUCGACCGCCGUAGAACGCAAAUGCACGCUGACGCCCAGGGUCAAUCCCUCAACGAAAGCGGGCCGCGCUGCUACCAAAAUGGCCCAGCUCGCUCCCGCGUCCCCGCCCACAGACCGACGGGUCGCCGCUUCUGAGUUCCGCGUUCCGCCGAACGCUCCACGCAGACCGGUGAGCGGUUGGGCGAAUGACGAAGUACUCCCCAGGCGAAGCAGACGACGUGCUGUCGUGGAACGCGACACUUCGGCUCCAGUGGAUGCUCGAAAAGGCGAGUUUUUGUCCGGCUACCAGUCAAACGACGAAGUCGACAGAAUUGGCAGCCUUGCUAGAUCAGUCUCUGCCACAAACUCCCUGUUCGGUUACGUCGGACCCUCUGCCUCCGGUUAUACCUUCGGUCUGGAGGGUAGGGCUCCUCUUCAGAUUCACCACGACGCAGAUCCACCUACUAUGCCUCCACCACCAAGACUGCGUCUCUUCAAGGAUCCAGAACCACCGAAAAUGCGUCAGCGUCAGCCUAAAGUGUCCGCAAAUAACCACGAGGACAGUGGUGAUGAGGAGGAGGUUGAGGCGGAUGAAGAAGCGGAAGACGCAACCGAGUCCUGUCCGGCAGCCCAACGCCGAGCCUUCCGUCCACGCAACGUCCGAAUGGCCCAUAAAUGGGCCAGCCAACACCGCUCGCACGUCUCCCCUUCACACCUACCCCCUCUGUGCCCCUCUGAGGAGGUGCUCAAGGCCCAGGAUGCUCUCGCUGAUCGUCUCUACUCGGUUUACUCCUCCCUCGCGGGCCUGCCCAUCCCCCACCUCCUGCGUCCGGUCUGUCAGUGGUUGGGUCUGCGCUGGCUGGGACGCGGCAGCCACGACCAAGCAGCCCGUUUCUUCGGUCAGGCAGUUGGUCUCGCCGCCUCCAGCCUCUACUCCUCAAUCCUGUCGUCAAAACUCAAAGAUGACGUCACCCCGAAGGUCCUCCUUUCCGUGUACUCCGUGGCAGCUCCGAACGACUCCAGCAAGUACCUCGCCGACGUCGCCACCGACUUCUCCGUCACGAUUAUUCAAUUAAUGCUGGUCGAUGAGCUCGGCCAGCUUCGUCGUCCUGACGCGCCUACCGAUGACUCCGCGCGCCCCUCGCAUGACCUCGUGGCCGGUGGUCUCGGCGCGAGACGCCAGGUGUACCUCAUCGCCACGCGUUGGGUUAUUGGCGGACCGGCGGCGGGAUUUCACUCCCGUGUCAUCCACAACUUCUCCUACAGCGGUCUCGACUACCUGGAGGCAUUCGAUGAAAUCCAAACCGCCAACGCCGACUCGAUGCAGGAGGAGGACCGGCGUCGAUUUUGGUCCCUUCGAUUCUCCCUCGACCACCGAUUAAAGACCCUAGUUAAAGAAAUGCGCACUAACUGGUUCACUGAAGACGACAUUAACUGGAUUCAGGGACAAGACAUUCCAAAAGCAUCUUCGGAGUUGGAGCGGCCAACUAUCUUGGUGCUCGACAGGCGCCUCGCUUAUUUACCCUGGGAGUGGUUGAUUUGGGGUCAAUCGGAGGACGAAGCUGCCACCACCUCCACAGUCCCCUCGGUGUGCCGGAGUUUCUCGCUCAGUCUCGUGAUUGGCCAGCUCACAUACGCCGCCUCCUGUACCAAAGAAUUUGACCCUCGCUCGGCCUUCUACGUGCUCAACCCCGAAGCCAAUCUCGAGCACACUGAAAAGACCUUUAGGGAUUACAUCCAACAAAACUUCCCCACGUGGAACGGAGUCAUUGGUCAAAUGCCCCCGGCCAGAGACGUCGUCAGUGGCUUCACGCAGCACGACCUCUUCGUGUACCUGGGUCACGGCAACGGAUCGAAAUACCUGAUGUCGACAUUCGACGAAGGUCUGAACGCUAAAGCCGUUGCCCUAAUCAUCGGUUGCAGUUCAGGUCGACCGAGGUUGGAAGGAAGACAUGAGGCCUACGCGUCGAUAUUCAACCACCUGAUCGCCGGAUCCCCGACUGCUGUUUCGUUGCUGUGGGAUGUUACUGAUCGGGAUAUCGAUCGCUUCACGCAGAGUUUCCUCUCCCGGUGGCUAGUGGAGUCAAAGGAUAACGAUCCAGCAUCCUUGUGCCUCACUGGGCAGAUCUUCAGGGCCACCAGUGCCUGCAAGUUGCCAAGCUUGGUGGGCAAAUCUGUCGUUGUCUAUGGCCUACCGGCUAUUCCCUGUCGUCGGUAG